AUGGAGAUUCCAGUGCGAAGAGGCCACCGCUCAGGGGACAGGCAACUGGCUGUGAGGCAUUCUAGUGGCGAUCGAGACACCUCCCAUGAGCGUGAUUUUCCUAUUUGUCCAUUUACCGAUCUCAAUCGCCAAUUCGACACAAUGGAAAGGCAGCUUGCAGAUUUCAAGGCUAUUAUUUAUUUUCAGCCCUUCGAUGUGUUUCCUUCCUUUGGGGGCAGUGCGGGACCCUGGUUUACGCGCAUCAAUAAUGAGAUGCGAAGAGUCCAUAACGAGAUGAUGAAUUUCAUGCGCGAUUCAGGCAUGCAAUCAAACUUCGAUGAUUUCUGGCGCUUUCCCAGCAUAAAAGAUUGCUUCUCCAAGGAUGAAAACGGGCAGACUUGGUUCAGGGCAAAGUUCGAUCUCCAAGCGUUUAACCCGGAGGACAUUGAAGUUAAAGUGGAAAACCAAACUCUCUCUGUCCACGCCAAGCACACUCAACGCGGGAAUAACUCGUCCAGCGGACAGUACUUCUGCCGCGCCAUGCUUCUGCCCGACGGAGUUUGCACAGAGGAGAUCAAAUCAAAGUUGGACAAGAACGGAGUAUUGACCGUGGAGGCGCCAGCUCCGGGCAUCGAGGUGGAACGCCUGAGUCCGAGUCGGUCGACCCGCAUUCCCAUCGAGGAAGGUGGCUGUCGAAGACGAUUCUAUGACCGCAGUGUCGCUCGAGAGGAAUACGUCAGAGAAGACCAAAACGGCCUCCGAUCACUGCACAUAACGCUCCCAAUUGACGGGAUCUACGAGGGAAACCACCUUCACAUUCAAUGCAGCGGUGGCAAAUUGGUAGUAGAGGGCGAAAGGGACGACAGCUACUUUUCCCGCUCCUUCCAUGUUCCCUCCGAUAUUGAUCCCGAGAGCCUCGAUGCAAAGCUUUGCAAUGGCGUUCUAACCAUCACCGGCCCCAUUCCGUAA